AUGGCUUAUGCCUCUGCACCUCCGUGCUCCCAGUGUCGGUCGCGCAAAGUUCGCUGCGACCGUAAAAAGUACACUUGUGGGAAUUGCGAGAGGCUAAAGCAUACAUGCUCCUAUGAGAGGGAUAACCCAUCCCCCGGGCGCCCGAGGCAUGACGGUGGCCAUCCCGGAAGACAUCGUGGAACUCGGGCGUGCAUCUAUUGCCGUCUUCAAAAAGCCCGAUGUUCAGGUGAGACGCCACAGUGCAAUAACUGUCACCGACGCCAUCAGGAAUGCCAAUAUCCAGCCUUUAGAGGAGCUCGCCAAUUAUCUCAGGAUCGAGAUGGAAAAUUGACAGUCAAGUCUUCCACUCGCUUGUUGAUCGCGCCGCUGAUUUCUAUCAGAGUUUACCCUGUAAAGGACGGAGCGGAGUUAGAUGGAGUCCUUGAUGACUAUUUCUUGCAUCUGUAUCCCUUGCCUUCCUACAGCUUCCUUCACGAACCCUCGAUUCGGCGAAUGUGUGCUGCCCGAACGCUCGAGCCAAGUCUCGUACCGGCUGGGUCUCAGCCUUCCGAAAGUGUCUUGUUGAUCGAACUUUCGGAAAAGAGGAUCUGGGACAUGAUCGAGACGCCUUCAAUAUUCAGAUUGCAGGCACUCUUCUUAAUCAUUCAGUAUCAUGCUGAAGUUGGCCGGUUCGAAAGGGCCUUCAUGAUGGCUUCCAUUGCGAGCCGCCAUGUGACUGCACUCCAGCUGAAGCAUGAAAGCCCACACCUCAGCUUUGUCACUCAGGAGAUUCGGCGGAGAGCUGCUUGGACGAUGGCACUACUAGAUGGUUACUUUUCUGUAGGGCUUCUCGGCUACAGCACGAUAAAUUAUGAAGAGAUAUACCAGCAAUAUCCGUGUCGUGAAGAGGAAUUUGGCUCAACGGAUCCCGACACAAUACGGGGCUCUUCCACCGCUCGGGUUGAAGACAAAGCUCACCACAGCAUGCUGGAGCUGAUACUGCGUAUUUCCAGGGUGCGCAGAGAUAUCAUGCGCUUCACCAGGCAGUUGGCCCUGCUAGAGCAGCCUCUCAAAGAGUUUCAGGGUAUUGUGCAAGGAUUCCAAAUGAACCUCACUCAGCUUCAGGAGAAAAUAGCGUCCGUUGUGGGCUCUUCAGCCACUGGAACCAUAAUCCAGCCAAACUUCCGAUGGGUUGCACACUGUGACCUGUUUCGCCUCUUCCUUCUCGGGCAUCCCAAUGCGGCCCCUGAUGUGGUAUUGCGUCCCUUGGGAUCAAGCACCUAUGCUAGCCAAGCCCAGGAAAUAUGUCAGGAACACAGUGACUGGAUAGUAGAAUCUAUUAAGAAGGUUCGAAAGAUGAAUCUCCAGGUCCUCUUCUCAUUCGAUAUCGCGAGAUGCGCUUAUCAGGCCGCACGCCUUAAUCUCUUUCUCGCUCAUAUGCCAAACGUGCGGCCGCAGCUAACAUCAGAAUCCGCCAUUUCUAAUGCUGCAGAAUGCCUAGCUUUCAUCAAGGAAAGAUUUGUAUCGUCUGCUCAUGCGCAGCGGAUGAUCUCAGACCUCAGUCUAUUGAUUGGAGCCUACGAGACGCGUGAUGGGCAUUUUGGAGCGGCGAUGGCGCUUGAUUCGUUACGGUUUUCUGGGGAUGCAGUUGAGAAGCACAACCAACUAUCGGCACACAGUCUUAUUCAUCAGGCUAAUUUCGUGGAUGAUAGUUAUCUCUAUGAGUUGUGAGAUCUUCUAUCUGAGCGCGUGAACGUGAUACUUCAGAUGAGGCGCGCUCAGACGAAUCACUACCACGUGCCAGUCUCGGAGGACCUCCGCUGCGGGGGUCUUUUGCGGGGUUCCCUACGUCGCACAGAGUACUUCACUGAC